AUGCAUUUCACCUCCUACAUCAUCGCUGCAAUUGCCACUGCUAGCACAGCUUUGGCCCAUAUGGAAAUGGUCCGUCCCUACCCUCUGAAGAGUCAGUUCGAUCCCAAGAACGACUGGUCAAACAUCGACUACGACAACACCUCUCCUCUUGAACCAAAUGGAUCCAACUUCCCCUGCAGAGGGCACCACAAGAACACCCCCUGGCGCACAGUCGCCAACUACACCGCGGGCCAAAACGACUACAUGAAGCUCGCGCCAGGAAACAACCAUCACGGAGGCUCAUGCCAGAUCUCGCUCAGUUAUGAUAACGGCGAGACAUUCCGCGUGAUUGAAUCGUACAUGGGUGGAUGCCCGCUCAAGCUUGAAUGGGACUUUGAGAUCCCCUCCUUUGCGCCGAACGGCAAGGCCCUAUUCGCGUGGAGCUGGUUCAACAUCGAAGGAAACCGCGAGAUGUACAUGAACUGCGCCCAGGUUGAGAUCGAGGGCGGCUCCAAUUCGGCCGAGUUUGAUAAGUUGCCCGAGAUCUUCACGGCGAAUAUUGGAAAUGGAUGCAGGACUGUCGAGGGUAAGGAGACUGUGUUUGCUCAUCCUGGUGACAGUGUUGGAUAUGCUGGAAAGGUGUCUCCAGGUGACGCUGCUUUCCCUAAGUGUGGUGGAAAUGCGUAA